AGGGCGCGCGGCGGAGCAGCUCGUCUCGUGACGCUCCCGGAACGCGGCCGCGCUGCAAACGGUGCGCCCGGAACGGCGAAGGCGCCGCGCCCGCCCAGCCUGGCUGCCCGCUCGGGGCCGUGGCCUCUGGGCUCCCUGCCGCUGCCGCUGCCGCCGCCGCCGCCGCCGCCCCGGGCGCCCCUGCCCGCCCUGCCCGCCCUCAGCCAUGCUGGCCCGAGAAUGGACGCGGCGGAGUACGAGGCGCUGGCCGUGCGGGAGCAGCUCUUCCACGAGAGGGUCCGCGAGUGCCUCAUCUCCACCCUUCUCUUUGUCAGCCUCUACAUCCUCUGCCACUUCGUUCUAACCCGCUUCAAAAGGCACACGGACUUCACCACAGUUGAUGAUGACGAGGAUGCCGCUGUCAACAGAAUUGCGCUGUGGCUGUGCACCUUCACCUUGGCCGUAUCUCUCGGCGCCGUGCUCCUGUUGCCCUUCUCCAUCAUCAGCAAUGAAGUCCUGCUCUCCUUUCCACAGAACUAUUACAUCCAGUGGCUGAAUGGCUCCCUCGUCCAUGGGCUCUGGAAUCUGGUUUUCCUCUUCUCCAACCUCUCCCUCGUCUUCCUCAUGCCAUUUGCCUAUUUCUUCACUGAAGCCGAAGGCUUUGCCGGAUCAAAGAAGGGCAUCAUGGCCCGUGUAUACGAGACCUUCGUGGUGCUCCUGUUGCUGACCUUGUUGGUGUUGGGGAUGGUCUGGGUAGCAUCAGCGAUUGUGGACAACGACGCAGCCAGCAGGGAAUCUCUCUACGACCUAUGGGAGUAUUAUCUCCCCUACCUCUAUUCGUGCAUCUCCCUGUUUGGUGUGCUGCUGCUGUUGUUGUGCACACCCUUCGGCCUGUCACGUAUGUUCACCGUCACAGGGACGCUACUGGUGAAGCCCAGGCUUCUGGAAGAUCUAGACGAGCAGCUGAACUGCACAGUGUUCGAGGAAAUGGCCAUUUCGCUCAAGAUCAACUCUGGGAAAAGCUGCUGGCUCAGCUUCGACAUGGACUUGCUGAGACAACAAUAUCUGGCAAUCCACACACACAGGAUAACACUGGAGACACGUCGGAAGGCCUCGGCGUGGCAGAGGAACCUGGGCUACCCACUGGCCAUGCUCUCUCUGCUCUCUCUGACGGGUCUCUCUGUCCUUGUAGUCUGUUUCCACGUCUUGGAGCUGUUGUUGGACGAUGCAGCAAUGCCCCGCGGAAUCCAGGAGGCACCGCUAGGAAAAGUUUCCUUUUCUGUCUUUGGCUCCUUCGGGGCAGCCAUGCAGGUGAUUCUUAUAUUCUAUUUAAUGAUUUCCUCUGUUGUGGGGUUCUAUAGCUCUCCUCUCUUCACCAAACUGCUGCCAGAAAGGCAUGACACAGCGAUGACCAAGAUAAUCGGGAACUGUGUCUCCCUGCUGGUGCUGAGCUCUGCACUCCCCGUUCUGUCUCGUACCCUGGGGAUCACAAGGUUUGACCUGCUAGGUGACUUCGGGAGAUUUAACUGGCUGGGAAACUUCUACAUUGUCUUUCUCUACAACAUGCUCUUCGCUGGCCUCACUACUCUUUGCCUGGUGAAGAAAUUCACCUGGGCUGUACAAGCAGAACUUAUCCGGGCCUUCGGCCUCCACAAGCUGCCUCUGCCUGUGACACGGUCCCAGCAGCCGAGCAAAGUCAGCUAGAGCGACCAGCCGCGCCUGGACGGAGUUUGGCCACGUUUGCCGGCUGCCUGCUCUGGGGGACAUGCUGGAUGUCACGAUCUCGUGUCUCGUGUUCUGAGCCAUCGUGCAGCAGCAGGAAGAGGACGGGGGCCUCCUGCUCCGGCCCGCGUUUGACCAAUAACUUGAGGAGACUUGAAGGCGGGGAGGGGGUGCUUUUGUCGACACCCUCAGCCAGCUCCUCGCUGUGUUCCGGAAGCCAGGGGCGGUGCUGAGCUCGAGCCACUGGAGAAACCUCCCUGUCUUCCCGCUAAUCGAAGGAGCCUCGUGCAGACCCACCUUGUCAGCAAAGAAGUGAAGCACUGCGGGGGCGGGGGGGGCUGACGGUGGAGGAAGAGGCACCAGACUCUGCUGGAGGGACUCUACUGUAGAACUAGCUGAUGCUGGGAGCAAAGCCAAAGGCGGCAUUGGCCAAUGCGGGAAGUCCCUGGGUGACCCUUGUCUCAGCCGGGGGGGGGGGGGGGGCACCGCAAAUGCUGCUUUUGCUCCCCUCCUGUGUUUACAUGGUCUCUUUUAAACCUCAUACUUACCUUUGCCCUCCUUUCUGACACUAGAUCUGGUGGCCUGAACCAGUCCGGGGUGUGUGUGUGUGUGUGCGCGCGCGCGCAUCCUUCCCUUGAAUUCUGAGCCAGUUCUAAAUAGUAGUUUUGAACUCCGUUGCGUGUUUACAUACCUCACUUAAGUGCAAUAAGAGCUGGCGCAGUUGGGCCACAUAUCUCCCCCCCUUUCCACCGAACUCUGCUUGUGUGUGUGUGUGUGUUUGUCUGUUAAAACUUACUUUGCAAUAUAUACCUUCCUCUUCCACAGCGGUGGGCAGCAGAGUAACACGGACGCAUCCGCUGUCCUCUUCCCAGUUGCUGUUGGUCAACUCAGUAAGAGCCACUGAGUGCUUUGGCCGGCCGGCCAUCAACUGCACACCGCUGCUGUCCCCCCUUAUCACUAUUUGGUGGGCAGAUGUGGGUUUUCCUGAAGGAGGUGGAGAGAGAGUGCCCUGUCCUUUACUCCAGUCCAUUGCCUUGCUGUGUGGGAGCUUGAUCCUAGAAGGGAGAAUUUCACAACCGAAGGGAUUCCCCUCUGGCCCUUCUCCAUCUCUCCCAGCUCUAGAAACAGUUGUUAUUAUGUGCGGGGUCUUGAAGGACACUGGAGAUAUUGUCCUAAAUCAGAUGAAUGAAUUCAGCUUACUAGAAGUUUUUAAUAUGGAAGGACAUGAGGGGCGGAAACCAAUUUAUUCACAACUGUUGGAAGUCAUUCUACCUUUCCCUGCGUGCAGGAAACAAAACACAAGCUCGUCUACACGGUGACAGAUCCAUUAUUGCGGAUCUGUUGUAUGCUGCUUGGUUUGGGUCUCUCUCGCAGUCGCUGGAGUCCCAAGAUGGCUUCCCCAGUUUGUAUUACCCAGUAUUGAACCCAGGAAUAAACGAGCAAGUUUUAAUUCCCCAUUUAAUAAAGCUUUAUGAGGAAGUGAUGGAACCCACGAACGAGGCUGAAGAAGUGGGGAAGGGAAUCGGGUGGGACGCCAGCAAUAGCAAUAGUCAUUCCUUCCGGAAGCUAGAAUGUGCAAAUUGAGAGUGGUUGUGGUUUGUGUAUUUCGGUAGGGGUCGUUCCUCCAUGUGUUCAUUUCCACUGUGUUUGUAGUAGUGUUGUCCUACUGUGAGUGUGUUGCUGCCGGGGUUCAGUUGCCAGCGUAAGACCGCAACUGUCCUAUGUCCGUAAUACAAGCAGAAGUUUGCAUCAAGAGGACAGCAGCUCUCCCAAACAGCGCGCAAGCGCCCCUUUGUAGCUGAUUUGGAGAACUGCAGAUUGUUACGCCGGUGGCGCGAUGUGAGACACCGGUAAUCUACUCCGAACUGUACGGCUGGGAUUUGAGAGGGCUGAGCAUUUAAGCCCUGGUUCCUCAGCACCGCCUAGCAUUAGAUAGAAAGAGAGCUGUGCCCAGCCAAAUUGUUUCGUUUUAUGAACACCUUAUAUAACUGAAGAACUGUGAAAGCUGCCUGUCCUUUGCUUUGGUUGUAUGUGAUGAGUCUGGUUCCAGCACUGCACUGUUCUUGGGGCUCUUGCCCCUGUAAGCAAUAAAUGGCCUGGUUUUUUUUCCUA